AUGGCGACACCCUUCCUCAUCUCCCACCCCUCCUCCCCCACCUCCGGCUCCGGACUUUCGCUCAAGCAGAUCGCCUACUUCGGCCGGGUACUGAUCAAGGUCUCGAGUCUCGCCCAGGCCGAGCAAUUCCUGCGCGAGAACUUCCGCACUCUCGAUGUCUUCGUCGAUGCAACGGAAAUCUCCUCUGCCGGCGAUCUCGUCGAUAUCCUCAACGCCGGUGCCGCCAAGAUCUUGAUCAACUUGGACCAAUUGACCACCCUCUCCGAAGAACAAUCCGUGCCCUCGUCCCGUCUGCUCGUCAACGCCCUGUCAGACACUGAAUUGGAUACUUUCCAGCAAUGGAUUGCCGUCAAUGCCGAGCGCAAUGAAGCCAGUGUCUGCACUGUACCUUCCACCGUCCCCGCCGCCGCCGAAAAGUUGAAGAUUAGCUCGGACUCCCCACGACUCUUCACCACCUUUGGUACUCAGACAGUAUCGGAGGAUGCCAUUACACAGGUCACAAAGCAGGGUGCGAUUGCUAUCAUUCCCUCACAGGCUUUGACCGUUGAGCGGGAUGUGGCUGGCCACAUCUCUGCCGCUAAGCUUAUUGCGUCGACCGCUGUGACUGACCAGGCUAAUGGCCUGUAUGCCACUUCUGUCACUGAUGAGCGCGGAGCUUGUUUGGGCUUUGUUUGGAGCAGCGACGAGAGCAUUAUCGAGGCCUUGCGUACUGGCACCGGUGUUUACCAAAGCCGGAAGCGUGGUCUGUGGUACAAGGGCCAGUCCAGCGGGGAUGUGCAGGAGUUGAUCCGCAUUGGCUUCGACUGUGAUUCCGACUGUUUGGUCUUUGUUGUCAAGCAAACUGGACGUGGAUUCUGCCACCUUGGUACUGAAACCUGCUUCGGCCCAUCUACUGGUCUGUCUCGUCUCCAAAAGACUCUGGACGCCCGCAAGGCGGAUGCUCCCGCAGGAUCAUACACCGCGCGUUUGUUCAAUGAGCCUAAGCUCAUCGAUGCUAAGAUCAUGGAGGAGGCUGAUGAGUUGUGCCGUGCGGACACCAAGGAGGAGAUUGCUUUCGAGGCCGCCGACCUGUUGUACUUUGCCUUGACCAAGUGCACUGCCGCCGGUGUUAGCCUACAGGAUAUCGAGCGAAACCUUGACCUCAAGAGCUUAAAGGUGAAGCGGAGAAAGGGCGAUGCUAAGGGACCUUGGGCUGAGAAGGCCGGCCUGGCCAAGCCUGAGUCGAAGCCUGCCCCUGCCCCUGCCCCCGCCCCUGUCGAGGAUCGCACAUCUCGAAUUGAGAUGAAGCGUGUGAUCACUGCCUCUACUACUCCCCAGGUAGUCACCGAUUACCUCAAGCGUCCUUCCCAGAAAUCCAACGAAGCCAUUGUCAACCUGGUCAAGCCAAUCAUCCAGGAUGUCCGCGAUGGCGGCGACGCUGCAGUGCUCAAAUACACCCACAAGUUCGAGAAUGCUACAUCACUCACCUCCCCCGUUAUCCACGCACCCUUCCCCGCUGAACUCAUGAAGCUGUCCCCUGAUGUCCAGGAGGCAAUUGAUAUCAGCAUUGGCAACAUCGACCGCUUCCACUCCGCACAGAUGGGAAGCAAUGAAGCCCUCGAGAUGGAGACCAUGCCCGGUGUCGUCUGCUCUCGCUUCUCCCGCCCUAUCGAGCGUGUCGGUUUGUACAUCCCUGGUGGCACCGCUGUACUGCCCUCCACUGCCAUGAUGCUGGGUGUUCCCGCCAUGGUGGCAGGCUGCAAGAAGAUCGUCCUGGCCUCGCCUCCUCGCUCCGAUGGCAGCAUCUCCCCUGAAAUCGUCUAUGUCGCCCACAAGGUCGGUGCUGAGAGCAUUGUCUUGGCUGGCGGUGCCCAGGCUGUAGCCGCCAUGGCCUACGGCACCGAGAGCAUCACCAAGGUCGACAAGAUCCUUGGUCCAGGUAACCAGUUCGUGACGGCCGCAAAGAUGUUCGUGUCCAACGAUACCUCCGCAGGCGUCAGUAUCGACAUGCCCGCCGGUCCCAGUGAAGUCCUCGUGAUCGCCGACAAGACCGCCAAUCCGGCCUUUGUUGCAUCCGACUUACUCAGCCAGGCCGAGCACGGCGUCGACUCACAGGUGAUCCUCAUCGCUGUCGACCUGAACGAGGCCGAGCUGAGUGCAAUUGAAGAUGAAGUCGAUGCCCAGGCCAAGGCCCUGCCUCGCAUGGAUAUCGUCCGCGGCUCCCUUGCGCACUCCGUCACCUUUGUCGUGCGCGAUAUCAACGAGGCCAUGACCCUCAGCAACGACUACGCGCCCGAGCACCUGAUCCUGCAGGUCCAGGACGCCGAGUCUCUUGUCAAGGAUGUCCAGAAUGCCGGUAGUGUCUUCAUCGGCGCCUGGACCCCCGAGAGUGUUGGCGAUUACUCCGCCGGAGUCAACCACUCGCUGCCUACCUACGGCUAUGCCAAGCAGUACUCGGGUGUCAACCUCGGCUCCUUCCUGAAGCACAUCACCAGCUCGAACCUGACCGCCGAUGGCCUGCUCGGUCUCGCCAAGACGGUUGAGACCCUCGCCGCUGUGGAGGGCCUGGAGGCACACAAGCGUGCCGUGAGCAUUCGUGUUGCUCACAUGAAGAACCAGUCAUAG